AUGGGCACCCUCAUAGAUAUCAUCCUAACCAACCUGCCCUCCAUAUACACCUCUGCUGUCUUCAACCAGGUUCUCAGCGAUCUCUGCCUCACUGCCUGCGUCCGUAAUGGGUCUGCGGUCAAACGACCACCCCUCAUCACUGCGCUCAGCAGGUGCACCAGGAAGGAGAACUGCGAGCGCUCGGCCGAGCCCCGGAGGUUCGCCUGGGACAUCAAGCAGUGUGUCCGACUCAGCGUCCACCCCAGCAACAUCUCCGUGUCCCAGUUCAGCGUCACGCUGAUCCUGGAGGCCCAUAACGUCCCAGAGUUGUCUGCAGGGGUCAACUGUACCUUUGAGGACCUGGCUGAGAUGGACGGUCUGGUGGAGGGGAACCGCAUCAGGUGCAGCUCGCCUGCCGAGAAGGAGGUGCCUCGCAUUAUCGUAGACAAAGCUGAUCACCAGAUAGUUCAGCUCUACCUCAAGUCCAAGGAGACAGGCCUGGUCUUCGCCAACACCAGCUUUGUCUUCUACAACUGCAGCGUCCACAAGUCGUGUUUGUCAUGUGUGAGAAGCCCCUACCAGUGCCACUGGUGUAAAUACAGACAUGACUGCACCCACGACCCACGCACCUGCUCCUUCCAGGAGGGACGCGUCAAGAAGCCAGAGGAGUGUCCCCAGCUGCUGCCCACCGAGCGCAUCCUGGUGCCGGUCAACGUGGUGAAGCCCAUCACCCUGCGAGCCAAGAACCUUCCCCAGCCACAGUCAGGACAGCGGGGCUAUGAGUGUCUGCUCACCAUCCAGGGCGUGGAACAGCGGGUGCCCGCGCUCCGCUUCAACAGCAGCUGUGUUCAGUGCCAGAACACCUCGUACUCAUAUGAUGGGAUGGAGAUGAGCAGCCUCCCUGUGGACCUGACGGUCAUCUGGAACGGAGACUUCAGCAUCGACAACCCUGCCGAAAAUAAAGUUCACCUGUACAAGUGUGAUGCCCAGAGGGGUAGCUGUGGCCUGUGUCUGAAGGCAGACCCCCUGUUUGGCUGUGUGUGGUGUAAAGGGGAGAACCGCUGCACCCUCAAGCAGCACUGUCCCCACCCUGAGAGCCAGUGGCUGGAGCGCAAUGGACUCAACAGCAAGUGUACCCACCCACGCAUCACCCAGAUCACUCCGCUGCGGGGGCCUCGGGAAGGGGGCACCCUAGUAACCAUCCGGGGGGAGAACCUGGGCCUGGACUUCAGUGAGAUCCAGGGGAACGUCAGGGUGGCUGAGGUGGACUGCACCCCCGUCCGCGAGGGAUACAUCCCCGCAGAACAGAUAGUGUGUGAGAUGGCGGUGGCGACGCCGAGCCAGUUCGCCAACUACGUGGAGGUGUGUGUGGGGGGUGUGGGGGUCAGAGAGUGUCCAAAAGAGUUCAGGGCCGUAUACUCCAAGUACUACUACUUCGUGGUCACCAGACUGAUCAGCCUGAAGCCCAGCCGAGGGCCCGUCUCCGGGGGAACCAUCGUCAACAUCACCGGUAGCAACCUGGACGCCGGGAGCAACGUGUCCAUCAUGUUCAAGGACCAGAAGUGCACCUAUCACAGGAGGGGCGGCCAGUGGAUCACGUGUCGCUCCCACGCCUCGCUGCACGGAUAUGGAAACGUCAGUGUGUCAGUGACGGUGGACAAGGCCCGCAUCCAGAAAGACUUGAAGUUUGAGUACGUGGAGGACCCCACUAUCAUCAAGCUGGAACCUGAGUGGAGCAUCUUCAGUGGGCACACACCUGUGACCGUGACCGGCACCAACCUGGACAUCAUACAGAGCCCCCUCAUCAGAGCCAAGUACAACGGUCGAGAGACGGUCAACAUAUGCCAGGUGUUCAGCCCCACGUCCAUGCUGUGCCAGGCCCCAGAGCUGCCCAUCAGCCUGGGCAGGCAGAGGGAGGUGCCAGCGCGGCCCGAUGAGUUUGGCUUCAUCCUGGAUGACGUGCAGGCAGUGCUGGCCCUCAACAACACGCCGUUCAUCUACUACCCCAACCCCGAGUUCGAACCCCUCCAUGUGUCUGGGGUGCUGGAGCUCAAGCCUGGCUCCCCCAUCAUACUGAAGGGGCGGAACUUCCUCCCUCCCACCAAUACCAACGGUAAUAACGGCAAGCUGAACUACACGGUUCUGAUUGGUGAUAAACCUUGUCUGUUGACCGUGUCAGACAACCAGCUGCUGUGUGAGUCGCCCAACCUGACAGGGCGACACAAAGUCUUGGCCCGUGUGGGCGGCAUCGAGUUCUCCCCAGGCGUGGUCCACAUCACGUCAGACAGUCCGCUGAGCAGCACGGCCAUCAUCAGCAUCGCCGGCGCCGGUGCCCUGCUCAUCCUCUUCAUUGUGAUAGUGCUCAUUGCAUAUAAACGCAAGUCACGCGAGAGCGACCUCACCCUGAAGAGGCUGCAGAUGCAGAUGGACAACCUAGAGUCUCGUGUGGCCCUGGAGUGUAAAGAGGCCUUUGCCGAGCUGCAGACAGACAUCCAUGAGUUGACCAGUGACCUGGACGGAGUGGGCAUCCCCUUCCUGGACUACAGGACCUACACCAUGAGGGUCCUCUUCCCUGGCAUAGAGGAGCACCCUGUUCUCAGGGACCUGGAGGUGCCGGGCUACAGACAGGAGCAGGUGGAGAAGGGCCUGAAGCUGUUCGGCCAGCUCAUCAACAACAAGGUCUUCCUGCUCUCAUUCAUCCGCACGCUCGAGUCGCAGCGCGGCUUCUCCAUGCGCGACCGCGGCAACGUGGCCUCGCUCAUCAUGACAAUGCUGCAGAGUAAACUGGAGUACGCCACCGAUGUCCUCAAGCACCUGCUCUCUGACCUCAUCGACCGCAACCUGGAGAGCAAGAACCACCCCAAGCUGCUGCUCCGAAGGUGA